UCCAGCUCCGGGUGCUCAAAAUGUGGAGCUCGUGGCCCAGGAUAUGCAACUCCUCUGGAUGCCAUGAAAGGUCCCCGGGAGGAGAUCGUGUACCUGCCUUGUAUCUACAGGAACACGGGCAUCGACAGGCCUGACUACCUGGCCACUGUGGAUGUUGAUCCCAAGUCUCCACACUACUGCCAGGUGAUCCACCGCCUGCCCAUGCCCAACCUGAGGGACGAGCUCCACCACUCGGGGUGGAACAGCUGCAGCAGCUGCUUUGGAGAUGCCACCAAGAGCAGGAACCGCCUGAUUCUCCCAAGCCUGAUCUCCUCUCGGGUCUACGUGGUGGAUGUAGGAACAGACUCGAGAGCUCCUAGAAUCCAUAAGAUUGUUGAGCCCGUGGAGUUAUUCUGGAAGGGGAACGUGGCCAAUCCUCACACCUCCCACUGCCUGGGCACUGGUGACAUCUUGAUCAGCUGCCUGGGAGACCCUUCUGGCAAUGGAAAAGGUGGCUUUAUCUUGCUGGAUGGAGAGAGCUUUGAAGUGAAAGGAAACUGGGAGAAGGGGGAAAAGGUGCCCUCCUUGGGUUACGAUUUCUGGUACCAGCCACGACACAAUGUCCUGAUGAGCACAGAAUGGGGAGCCCCCAAAGUCCUGGCAGAUGGAUUCAACCCGGCUGAUGUGGAGAGAGGGCAUUACGGCCGCUGCAUUAACGUGUGGGACUGGAGCACCCACACCCUCCUGCAGUCCAUCGACCUGGGGAAGGGCUCCAUCCCCCUGGAGAUCCGGUUCCUCCACGACCCAGAUGCUGCCCAGGGCUUUGUUGGGUGUGCCCUGAGCGGGGCCGUGCACCGGUUCUACAAGACCCAGAAAGGAGACUGGGCAGCAGAGAAGGUGAUCCAAGUACCCAACAAGAAGGUGCAAGGGUGGCUUCUCCCUGAGAUGCCUGGGCUCAUCACUGACAUCCUGAUCUCGCUGGACGACAGGUUCCUGUACUUCAGCAACUGGCUGCACGGGGACGUCCGGCAGUACGACAUCUCCAGCACCCGCCAGCCCAAGCUGGUGGGACAGGUGUUCCUGGGAGGCAGCAUCGCCACAGGGGGGCCUGUCACCGUGGUGGAAGAUCAGGAACUGCAGUGUCAGCCCGAGCCAUUUGUGAUCAAAGGGAAGAGGGUGCAGGGUGGACCUCAGAUGCUUCAGCUCAGCUUGGAUGGGAAGAGGUUGUACGUCACCACGUCGCUCUACAGCGGGUGGGACAAGCAGUUCUACCCAGAGCUUCUCAAAGAAGGCUCUGUCAUGCUGCAGAUUGAUGUGGAUACUGAGAGAGGUGGAUUGAAAGUGAAUCAAAACUUCCUAGUGGAUUUUGGGAAGGAGCCUGAUGGGCCUGUGCUGGCUCAUGAGAUUCGUUACCCUGGUGGAGACUGUACCUCUGAUAUCUGGAUGUGAUUGUUGUCUGGAGCUG